GAUUGUCACUGCAUUGGCGUCAAUUCACAGGUACAAGGUGAGCAGCACAGUGGGCUCCUUCCAGUACGGCAGCGUGAGCAAGUCGUCCUUCGAGCCCAGAGUGGUGCACACGGAAUUGUCCCACAACGACAUGUCGACCGAACCCAUCAUCGUCAGCGUGAAGCGGACCAAGACGCGGACGCACCAGUACUCGUGGCAGACGCAAAACACUAUGAGCGUGGGUCACUCGCUCUCCAUCGAAGUGGGCCUGCCCAAGGUGGUGAGCAUCACAGGCUCGUUCAGCAAAACCGUGAGCCUCAGUAAAACUACUGGGCAAGUCGAAACCGUCUCGGAGGAGUACACCGCCGAAGUGAAAGUCACAAUUCCGCCAAUGAAGUCGGCAAAAAUUGAGUGGGUCAUCACCGAUGUCACUCAGGAAAUUCCAUGGACCGCCCAGAUUGACGUAGAAGGCUGGUUCGCUAUUUGGUUCCGGAAAAGGGUCAACAACCACUACCUUUGGUUCUACCCGGUCAGUCUCCUCGAGGACCCGCUUCUGAAAGAAACCAAAGAAGGAUUGAGCUACACGGCAAGGGGCAUCUUCACGGGCGUCCGCGGGACCAAUUCAAGCCUUCGCGUGAGCCAGUACAACAACGGGGCUUAUAGCGGGAAACCGACCAAAGUCUACACCAUUCCUCUGCCCUCACCACGCUUGCGUAUAGGAGGUUAUUAUGUCACACUGUAAAUUCCAUUAGAAUCCGAAUAAAGACGGUUUAGACUUGCGA